CGGGGGGUGGCGAGGGGGGCGUGCGCACGGGCUGCUGGGACGGGGGAGGGCGGGGUGGCCGGCGGCCAUAUUGAGUGUGGCAGGAAGAGCAGCGCGGCCUGCGCGCUCCGGCCCGCCGUGAUUGUCAGCAUCUAUCGCCGUCCCCGCCGCUCCCGGGGCCUGAGGUUGGAGGCUGCUGGCUGUUUCAGCCCUUGAGGCCUUGCCAGUGCUGGCAGAGAGGGCAGAAGCCCACCCGACAAAGGAGAGUGGCUCAGCCCUGGCAGCCUGUGCACCAUGUCCCUCCGCGAGCACGCACUGUCCCUGUUCCGUGGCGCUCUGGGCACCGUCCGCCCAGCUCCCAUGCUGAAAAGCGCUCUGAAGCUUCAGGGAGAUGGGUGCCCUCAGCUGCUGGUGAGGGGCCAGGCCUUUCCAGUGAAGAGGGACCUGUACCUGGUGGGUUUCGGAAAAGCUGUGCUGGGGAUGGCCGCAGCAGCAGAAGAGAUCCUGGGAGACCACCUCACUCGGGGGAUUAUCAAUGUGCCGCUGGGGAUCCAGGAAAGCCUGCAGCGAGCGGGAAUGCAGGAGAUGCUGCUAAAGCCACACAGCAAAAUCCAGGUCAUUGAAGGCGCCAAGAACAACCUCCCAGAUGCAGAGGCUCUGAAGGGAGCAGUUGCCAUCCAGGAGCUGGCUGAGGGUCUGACUGCAGAUGAUGUGCUCCUUGUGCUCAUCUCAGGAGGUGGAUCAGCCCUACUGCCUGCUCCCAUCCCUCCCAUCCUCCUCAAGGAGAAGGAGGAACUCACAAAGAUGUUGGCUUCCCAAGGAGCUGCCAUACAGGAGCUGAACAUUGUCCGGAAGACUCUGUCUGUGCUGAAGGGUGGAGGGCUGGCCCAGCUGGCACAUCCUGCACGGGUGGUGAGUCUCAUCCUGUCUGAUGUGAUAGGUGACCCCCUGGACAUCAUAGCGAGUGGGCCCACUGCUGCCAGCUCCCACAGUGUCCAAGACUGCCUUCACAUACUCAGCAAAUACAACCUGCUACACAACCUGCCCAAGUCAGUGGAAAUGGUCCUCUCCAGCUCUCCCACCAAACCCACUGCUCCAGAAAACUACUCCCAUGUUUCCAACAUCAUCCUUGGGUCCAACACAUUGGCUUUGGAAGAGGCCAGACGCCAGGCUGAGGGCCUGGGCUAUGCAGCUCUGGUCCUGAGUGCAGCAGUCCAUGGGGAAGUCAGCCGUGUUGCCACACUGUACUGCCAGCUGAUCCAGCUCAUCUGCCUGGGCUUCACCAGCCUCGGAGCAGGGCCCCUGGGUGACGAGCUGAGAGGGAAUCUCCUGCAGCUGGCAGCAGAGCUACAGAUCCCAGGUUUACACCUGGAUGAUUUUUUACAGGCCCUGCGAGGAUUAGGGCCCAACAGACCAGUCUGCAUCCUGGCUGGUGGAGAAACCACAGUCCAGCUCCAAGGAACCGGCAAGGGAGGGAGAAACCAGGAGCUGGCUCUGCGUGUGGGGCUGGGGCUGCACAAGGCUCAGGCCACAGGAGCCAGCAGCCCCCAAGGAAGGUGUGAGAUCCUCUUCCUCAGUGGGGGAACAGAUGGGCAGGAUGGGCCAACAGAGGCAGCAGGAGCCUUCUGCAGCCCAGGGCUGGUGGCUGAGGCACUUCAGGAGGGUCUGGAUGUGGAGGCCUUUCUCAGGAACAACGACUCCUACACGUUCUUCAGCCAGUUCCAAGGUGGGCAUCACCUCCUGGUGACAGGCUUGACAGGCACCAAUGUCAUGGACAUCCAGGCCAUUUUAAUUAGAGCCAUGGAGAGAUCAUGAGAGCUCCCUCUGCAGAUACCCAAAUACACUUAAUUAGGAGCAGGAGUAAAUGAAAGCACCAAUGCUGUGGACAAAUGCAAACUGCUUAAAUUAGGGCUCACUGUUGAAGCUGCUAGUGUCUUUGACAAAAAGAAUCCACUAAUUAGACACAUGAGUGGACAUCCACAGCAAAAACAAACACUUGUAAUUGGGAGGCUCAGAGGAAGGUAAGAGGUCAUAUUACAGACAAGAAAACUGGAUUUAAAGCUUGUGACUGCUUCAACUACAGUUAAUUUAAGAGACGAGGGGAAGUUGAGGCCAUGGCAGGGCUACCAUGGAGAGCCCUUGCUGCACUGUUGCACUUCCAGUGCCCCCAGAGCUCAAGAGCAGCUCAGCAGUGGUGUUUUAGGGGUCCACUGGAACAAAUUACAGUGACUGAAGGAUGUAAAAGCAGUAACAGCAAGGCCUGCUCACCUGAAGCACUGAGCUGCUGGGGGGAUGGGGACACCCAGCACCCACUCCACAUGCCAGCACAGUGCCCUACAGUUCUUCCCACACCAGGGUACUGAGAUGACAGAGACCUCAAGCCCAGCAGGAUGCACACACAGGAGUGUGGCUAAGAAGCACAUUGGCAGAGAGAAGUUCUUGAUACUGGCUGGGUGACACAAGCAGUGCACAGUGAUAAAGAGGAUGACAUACCUUCACUGUACAGUGUAAGAAUGGGGAUGAAUGAAGUGCAGUGACAAGCCAGCUGUGUAGAGUCCUCCUCCAGCCCCCUUCCCUCCACAGUAACAUCUUCCUGCUGGUCCCUGUUGGGAGAGCCUCUGUGCCAGCAGCAAGUAUGCUAUGAGCUUUCAUGGUGUUGUUUUCCAACUGUCUAGAAAACUGUCGUGCAUCCAGCCUGAGCCACUGACCUUUCCUCUGCACUGAGGCAGAAGUUGCUGUCAUUCUGAUUAACUCUGCUAAUUCCACAGAAAAAAAGACAAGGAAACCUUCAUGCUCAGCUCUCCUGACCCAUGCUGCUGAGCUGAUCAAAGGGCAAAUCUGCCAGAGCUGUGCUCUGACAGGGAGCGGCUCCCCCCACACGCACGAGGACACAGUGGUUAUCACGUUUUUGUCACCUACUGCAGUGCGAUAUGUGGGAGAGCAGAGAUGAGCUUGGUUUCCCAGGACAUGGAGCUCACAGUGGGGCUAGAUUUCAGGAGGGCUUUGCCUGCAGCAACAGGCACACUGACGGUUUGGCUGGAUAUUCAAAGGGCUUUAGCUCAGCAGCCAGUAUGACCCAGCACGUCCAACUCCUUUUGAAUAUCCGUCUGUUUGUUACAGAGCCUAAGUGGGAGCUGAGCUCCUUUGAAAAUCCAGCUCUAAUGUAAUAGGACACGCUUGACUCAGACUCUUUCCAGACAGACCGACCUACUCCGUGUGGCUGAUCUCAUCUCGUGACAUAAAUACACCGUUGUGCCAACACCCUGUGGAGUCUCACUGAACAGUCAGUUGUUCUGCGCCCCACUUCAAGGUGGAUCAGAGGGUGGGGUUUUGAGGAGGAUGCAAAACCUCCUAUUUUGGUUUUGAAGCCAGUAUCUAACACGUAGGGAUAUCUGCAGGAGCAUCAUGGGGCCUGGUGUCAAUGCCAGGCUGGCAGCUGGACUGUCUGGGCUACAGCCCAGGCUCAGAAUAAGGCACAACCCUGGGAAUUUCAAAACCCCAGUCUUGCCCGGUGGUUUAAACUCAUCCACGCAGCUCAUUUGUCCUCAGAGUCUGAAGGUCUUUUGUAACAUGCCUGAACUUGCUCACAGUGGCAAACAGCUCUGAGAUCUGCUGGGGAAAAUCUGCCAAGCGUUAUAGAGCUCGCUGUGCCCCUGUAUUGUCAGGGGGUGGUUGUGCAGAAGCUGCUUUGUGCCGUGUGUUUUUCUCCAGAGGUCGCUGGCAGGUCGCCUGCUCCAUGCCCAGCAGGGCAGCUCCACGGGGCACUAACACGGGCAGCGAUACAGCCACAAGUAUGGGCUGCAGCCAGGACAACUGGGUAAAGCUGGCUCUAAAGCUGGCUCCACGGCGUGCUGAGUGCUCCCUGGGCCAUUCUGCUCCAGCGGAAUGCAGAGUGACUCCAGUUUUGGGCUGGGCUGCCUGGCAGAAGGGUCACUUCAGCAGCGGUCCUGUGUGCCAGCCUGUGCACACUGCCACAGGGCCACCACAACCCCCUGCCCACAGCUCUGCCACAUUGCUGAGCACCAUCCUGGACUUCGAGCUGCUGCUUGUGCUGCCGCCCAGUCAAUUCCAGAGGACCUUGGGCUAGUGCUGGCUGGCUUCUCCUGGGAAAUGCCUAUUCCAGGUAGCCCGAGCAGUGUCCUUGCUUCCUGAAUGGUGGCUUUUCAUAACGAUUAAAAAGGGUGUGUUGGGGAGGAGAGAAGUCUAAUAAAAGGUUUGUUGAAAGGAUGGAGCUGUUUGAAGUGCAUUUCCCAUCUACCUUUGCUUGGCUCCCAUAUAUGGAUUUUUGUUCUUGUCCUUUCUUUCUUAAUGAGGAGAUAAAAGGCCAGGGGAGGUUCAGCAAGAGCACCCAGGCUACAGAAAUACUUCUCUGAUGCUUCUACCUGGAUAAGUCAAAGCUCCAUUUCCAAGGGGUUGCUUUGGUGGACCUUGUGCAACUUCUACCAAGGGACAAAAGGAGCAUUGGAGUGUGCUCAGCCCUCACAGACAAAGCAUCAUCUUAUUCCUCUAGACAAUGCUCAGCAGGGAAUUGUCUGCUAUCGCUCCAGCCCAAGGCCAGUUCCCUCUGACCUGCAGUCCCUUCAUAAAGGUCAAAAGGCCCCAUGCAUGAGCCAACAUACCUUUGGGCCACACUGGCGA